CAUUAAUUUGUGGCAUGUAAACGCUUUGUAACGAGAGAGGCGCUUGAAAAUGGAAAAAGAGAAGAUACAGACAGCAUCCUUGGUUGAUUUGAAGGCAGAACUUUAUAGGAAACAAGAAGAAUUCAAACAGCAAAAACUAAAUGACAAAGGUUUAAGCUACAUCCGUCCAAAAACAUCAGAAAAGAAGAAUGAUAUAUGGAGCAAGAAAAAUAAAGGUGUUCUUGAAAGAGCACGGAGGGAUUUUGAAAGGAAAGCAGAGGAGGAAAAUGCUUUGGAAAACUCAAGGAAAAGACUUCAAGAAAAAGCUAAGAUGUAUGACAAAAUAACUCAAGGAUCAGAAAUUCCAGAAGAAGAUGGCAGCAAAUUGUACUUGGUGGAUUUUGAAAAGAAAGUCAUAGAUCAAAUGGUUGAUGUCAGAGAAAAAGACAGGGAAAGGAAAAAGAAGGAGGAAGAAGAGGAACUGAGAAAACAAGAAGAGGAGAUAAUGUCGAAGGCAGACAUUCCCCCACCAGCCAGCAGGGAUGAGGAAUGGGUGGACUAUGUUGAUGCCUUUGGGAGGACUAGAACAUGUUUGAGGAAAGAUUUAAAGGACCUGACAGAGAAAGACAAGAGUUCUGGUGUUAGGUUUGUGGAUCCAUCAAAACAGACCAUGCCCUUAAUGUCGAGUGACAAGCCCACACUAUUGUCAGAGGACAUGCGUCGGGAGAUACAGAGACAGAAAUGGGAGGAAGAGGCACAUGCUAAUCUUGAUGGGCCAGUUCAUUACUCCAAUGUACAGUUUGAUGAAAUCAGAGAUCAUGGUACUGGCUUUUUCCAGUUUUCCAAGACAGACGAGACAAGACAAAAGGAGAUGGAAACUUUAGGUGAUUUACGUCAACAGACUCUUGAUGAGCGAUCAAGGAGAGAGAGACUGAAGGAAAAACGUAAGGCUAUGCUUGAUGCUCGACUUGCCAAGGUUAAAAAACGGAAACAACAGGGGGCUGGAUUGGUCAGCACAGAUAUCGAAGAAGAUGCCCAGUUGAAGAUGACAGGUAGUGAUCAGGAAGCUAUGAAGAAGCCAGCAGUAGAAGAACCUCAACUAUUGACCAGGGAUGUUAACAUUAAUAAGGACAAACCGGAGCGGGAAUGGGACAAGGGCAAAGACAGACUAUUCCCUUAUCAGAAGGCAACAACAGAAGAGAAAUAUUUCGAGGAGAAACGUGAGGAAAGACAAUCAGAAUUUGCCCCACCAUCAUUUUACUAUUGUGAUACUAAGAAAGGUACUAAUUUGUCGGCAAAUAGAAACCAACAUGGAGGCAAUAGAAAAUUGGAGUUUGGAUCACCUUCUGCAUUCUCAGAUAAUAAACAGGACCACACAAGAACUAAGUGGAACAUUCCCUCUUAUGAGUGCAUGCCGCCCUCAUCUUACCCUGGGUAUAAUGUGAUCGAAAAAUCUAAUAUACAAUCUCAAACUCACAGCAAAAUGACUAGCAUUGCAACAGCUCCAUCAAACUGUAAUGAAAAAGUAGAACUGAGUCCUUGCACAGAUAUUAAGGAUCUUGAAGAGUUUCUGAAAAGGGAACGAAAAGAAGUUUUGAAAACCCAACAGAGUCGUGAUACCAAGUUAGAUAUUGGGUCUUAUACAGGAAGUAUGCAGGUUGGGGAUAUUCCGUUACCCGGACAAACCAACAAAAUGGAGGCAAAUAAUGCACCAUCUUCUUCUGAAAAUCAGUUAUGUAAUCCAGACUUGAGUUAUAACCAGGACAAAACAUCAGGAGUUACUGGGUAUGGCCUAUCGGCUGAAAAUCAGAAUAUCUCUGGAGGGUUUCAACAUAAUCUAAUGGCACAAUUUGAUGUAUAUGGACAGCCAAACUUGAAUGUACCACCACCUUCUUCCUUCAAUGUAGUGAAUCCUUAUCUGGGAACUUACUCUCAGACAGCUGGUAUGGAGGGUCAGCUUACGACCAGUGAUUCGUAUACCACCACACCCGAUAUUGAACCAUGUACUGGAUAUACCAACAACUACACAUACACACAGCAAAGUGCUGAUACAGCUUCAAACCCUGUCACACAGAUUACAGAGGAGACAACUCCAGUCCUCAUACCUAAGUCUAGUAUUGUGGACACUCGUCUGAUCAGAAAUGAAAGUACCAUUCAAUCUUUUGAUGACUGUUCCAAUAAUGAAUCAAAAGAGGAGGGAACAGCUCCUCUAGAUACCAGCCAACAAUCUAACUGUGAUAUUCUUUUGUCUGGUCAAACUUCCAAUCAAAGUGUUUUCUCUAGUGCUCCUGUCAAGUAUCCUCAGAGCAGAACUUAUGAGACUAAACAAAAUUGAUGAUCAGUCAUUGUCAUGUCAAUCAUAUUCAAUCAUGUUGACUGAAUUCUUUAUUAAUAUUGCAGUGGAAUAGUAUGAGGAAACCUUACAAAUAUACAGCUUGUAUUUAUUAAUUAGUCAAUAAAAUAAAUAAAAAUAUUAA